ACUCCUGGAGCGCCUGGGGAAGAGCAUCGGUACUCGAGUAUUAGAGCGCGGGGAAGUCUGUGUGGUCCGGGCACCUUUGACCCCCCCCGAGUCUCAGGUCGAGUUGCGCGAAUCCUAAUGUGGUAGUGGACUAUACCCAAUCAGGGUUUCUCAUUGCUAAAGAUUCAGCAAGAACUCAUCUUCCCUGUAAAUUUAAGUCACACCGCCUCCUUCCUAUAGACUCCGAAGCCUCUGCAACCCCAACGGGGAGACUAAAAAGAAAACUGUUCUGUAAGUUUGUUUCGAUAACUAAUUAGGAAAGUUUUAUCAUGCUGGGGGGACUUUAUGAACCCUAUCUCCUUGUAUAGGUGUUGUUUAGGCAAGUUGAAAUAUCCGUCAACGCUAAGUGGUAUGAAGGAAGGCUUAAGGCACAGGCGCUACUAGUAUAUCUAGCUUGGAGAGAUGGGGCUUUGCCGGACUCGGGGAAGUGGAGGACUGGGAUAAGAUCAACCCGCCACUUUCAAAGCCUCUCAAGACUCUUGUAAGAUUUGCGAACAAGAGCCUUGGGACGUUCAGCAGAAUAGGGAGAUUUUGCUAAAGCGGUCGUAACCUAAGCAGUCCUUAUCACCAGAGCAAGGACACCGACCUUUCUGAGUGUGCGCUAGUCCUCUGUGGGCCGGCUUCUCGGCCUUAAGGAGAGUUCACGAAUGGAGCAGUGGUAACAGGCAUUCGCCUGCACUCUUGUCUCCUGAAUAUUGGUAUAGAUUUUGCUAAUGCUAGGAGCGAAAUUUGUAGCCAAGUUUCGUCUUGUGUCUAGCAAAAUUUCAGUGCUCACACCUUGCUGUACCGGUAGUGCAUGCGAAAUGCUAGGGAAUAAGUGCGGUUCGGAUUUAUGACCGACUCAACAAAGCCUCCCUAAUUUGCAUGUAUCAUGGUACAAGUACUGCACUCGGCUUUGGGCUUGCCCCGAAGUGGCGUACGAAACUUGGUCGCCGGAAGAUGCCUUAUUACUUGUACUAGUACACGCGGCUCUGCUUACUCAAAUCCACGUGGCUAUCGUAUCAAUAUGGCGUCCUGUUCGGGUAUUUCUAAUCAAUCUGAGGGCUACUCUCUCUCCCAGUCGCUGCACAGACCUUCUGGAAGCAUGGGGUACAGCCGGCAUACAAAUUGUGCCGAAGCCCCCUAGGCUCUUGUCCGCAGAUAUACAGGAGACUGGGUUCCAAGACUGCAUUAUUUGAUCCAAAAGGAGAUGGCGGAGUACAACUGUAUUCUGUUAAGCAGGGGAUCUUUAUUGGAAUUGGAGCUAGAAGGAUGUUUAUGGAUUUAUAUACUUGCCAUGAUCCCUCGGAGGGGUUUUUAGGUGGUUAGGAAUCGACAUGUAUCUACUACCACUUCUCUUUGUGUUGGCUUUGAGGCCAUUGCUCGUGUCUGCUGGCUGGGGAUAUACUGAUGACGGCUCCAAUUAUGUGAUUGGUUUGUCCUCAUAAAACCCCCCCUCCACUAUGCGACCCGGCUAAUGACUCGAUAGAUGUCGGCUCGAAACUUGUUUUUAAAGUUUCCAAAAAUAAUGGAGAUAUUAACUCGAUCGUUUACGGAGGCACCGAAUACCAAGGUUACUCCGGCAAGCACUCGUUAGUGCGAACCUCCAAACUAUUAUGAUGCUUCUAAUCGAAUUUUUAGCCAUGUCGAGUCCGGUCUUGGGAAAAGUACUGUUACCAUAACAUCUUAUACUAGCCCGGCGUACCUUAUCAAAGUUACCGUCACAUAUGGAACCUUGGUUCACUACAUAGUAGUAAGAUAUGGCCAGAAUGAUAUCUACCUUCUCACCAAUAAGGGCGAUACCUCUGUAGCAGCCUCGCGGUUCAUCCUUCGCCUAAAGGCGAAUAUCCUCCCUCACGAUUCUUCCAUGUCGGACUUUUACGAUGAGGGCAGCGCUACCAUUGAAGCUUCAGAUGUCGUUCGAAAUUCACGUGGGGAUACCAAGAGCAAGCACUACCAAGGCAGCAACUAUGGAAGGUGGGUGCCCUUCCCCUCUACCCUCCCCCUCCUCCAUUGGAACCACUAACCUGAUUAUGGUGAAGAGUAAUGGAUUUUGACUACGUCGGAAAAACUACCGGUAGUGUUGGUGUCUGGCUCAUCCGGUCCAACCACGAGAAAGCCUCGGGCGGACCGUUCUUCCGCUCUCUUGUCAGGCGUUGCGCUAGCGACGGCGAAGACCUCUACGAGAUUCUCUUCUACAGCAUGGGCCACACCGAUCCUGAGAGAUGGGGCUUGCAAGGUCCCUACAUUCUCUCUUUCACUGAUGGCGACACACCAAAAACGGCGCUAUUUGCACGAAAUGCGAACUGGUCCUGGUUCGACACACUCGGAAUUAAGGGAUGGGUUGCGGACUCCGCACGUGGUUAUGUUACCGGAGCAGGCAUUGUGAAUAUGAAGCCUGGGUACACGUAUACUGCUGCGCUAUCCAACCCAGAUUAUCAGUAUUGGGGGGUUGCAGCAAGCGGCGGUGGUGCCUACUCUAUCAAGAGGGUCGUUCCGGGGACCUACAAGCUCACGGUAUACAAGGAGGAAUAUGAAGUUUACACCACUAGUAUCACGGUUACAGCCGGGUCUGCUACUUCAUUAAGCACCAUUACGCCGGAUUCUGAUCCCUCAGACGUUAAGGCUAUAUGGAGAAUCGGUACUUCUAUAUUUACCUAAUGUUUGGUAGUUCUGAGUAGCUAACCGAUAACGAUAUAAUAGGUGAUUGGGAUGGAACACCGGGCGGAUUCUUAAACUUUGAAUCAACACCGUACAAGGUAAGUAUCCUCCAUCCCUACGAUCCGCAACAUACCCAACUCACAAUCCAAGCCAACAUACAUGCACCCCAGCGACCCCCGACUCUCCUCCUGGGAUCCGGGAGAUUUCACGGUCGGCAAAACUGCAGCCAGCGACUUUCCAGGUUAUAUGUGGAAAGACGUGAAUAACGGCCACCUAGUCUACUUCAAGCUCACCGCAGCACAAAUUACCUCAGAAAAGACUAUACGUAUCGGAAUAACGGAAGCGUUCGCCAACGGUCGGCCUACCAUCUCGGUCAACGGCUGGACUUCCCCACUCCCGUCUGCAUCUACACAGGGCGGUACUAGGAGUUUGACCGUGGGGACGUAUAGGGGAAACAAUCAUAUUUAUAGCGUAGGUGUCCCUUCCUACUUUAGGGUAGAAGGAAAGAGGUCUGACAAGAAUUAUAGUUUUCUGUUCCAGCAUCUGCAUUCUUGACUGAUGUUGCCCAGUGGAACAUCCUAAAGAUCACAAUUAUAAGUGGGAGUGGAACGGCCGGAUACCUGAGCGCUGGAAUUUCGAUCGAUUGUAUGGACCUUUAUUAGGAGUCGGCGGGAUAUUCGUUGCCAGGUAUAAUUUAAUUAGUUGGGCACCGCACCAUAGAUAUUGUAAUAAUUAGACCUCGCGCUAGUACGUUGGAGUUGCCUCUCCUAGUAAGGUCUGUUGUAUUGGGCUGAAAGCCAUUCUUUUUGUUCCGUUUG